AUGACCGCCGAAGAAGACACCUCGCCGGGCCCGGAAACUCCCCGUCGCGCCUCUGUUGCCGCCAACCCAAAGACUCCCAAUGCCACACAUGCGCGAAAGCUCUCCGCCCCUGGCGGUGGUGCUACUCCCAAGAGUGCCCCCGCCGCCGGGGCUGGACGUCAGCGGUCCGCCACCAUGAAGCAGCAGCCUACAUUACUAGGGGACUUCCUCCUGGGCCGCCCUUCACCGGCGCGGGUUGCCGCCGAGAGAGAGAAGUGGAAACAGAAGCAGAAGGAAAUGACCGUGGAGCAGGUAAAGCAGGAGAUGCGCGAGGCCGCUGUGCGCCGAGUGCAAGCGCCCGGUGGUGUGCACGACCGGGUGAAGCAGUGGCAGAAGAAGAACGCAACCUCCAUGGCCGACGCCGACCCCUUCGCAACACCGAGCGAGCCCAGCGAAGUGAACAUACAAGUCGACGAGGCCAGUGUUACAGAGGAGGACCGCGUCAGAAUCAAGAAAGGGAUCAAGGCGAAACCACCCCCACGGGUCAUAGUAGUGGAGCGGACCAAAGGCAAGGAUGACGAUUAUGAGACUGAGAAAGAGAACCAGGGGGAGUCGCCGUCCGCCAGCCCGCCUAAGAAGCGGGUUGUCAGCGAUACGAACUGGAUGAAGAACAAGAGGAGGAGCCCCCCGAGGACGCGAUCGCCAAAGACGCCCGGAGAAGCAGGCGCUGGAUCACCGCUGCCAAAGACUUUCUCACCGCGUACCGCACCUAACCCCACCGUCAAGAGCAAGAUCAGAGACUGGGCCGACAAAGUCGAAAUCCCCGACGAGCCUCGUGUCAAGCGCUAUAAUGUCUCAGGCUCGGUUGGUAGCGCGGAUGGAAUUCGGGUCAGGCCCAUGCGCAGUGGAGGGGUUGAUUCCAGUGUCUCUUCGGGUCCGGUAUCGAGCGCAAAAUCCGAGGACUCUGAGAUCGUGGUUGAAUCGAGCAAACGUCGCAGGUCCAAACCAGCCCAGGACGAUGGUAUCCGGGUGACGCCGGCAAAAACAAGGACGGGCGACGGCGAUGGUAUUCGAGUCCAGGCGCAGAAAUCAUCGUUACCAGACGAUGGGAUCAGGGUAUACUCGGGUGACCGCCGAGCCUCGGAAAGUGCCAGCACGGUCCGGGCUUCCUCACGCCGUGGAUCAGCGCGUGCAAAGAGUGCUCAACGAGAACCAUCGCCGUCGGAUAGAAUUGAGGUUUUUGAGGAGUCCGGAUCCGACGAGCCUAAUACGCCUACGAGGCGCAGCCGUGGGAAGAAAUCCUCGAAGCUUUCUUCGCAGUUCACCCAGACAACCGCAGAUACAGGAACUACCAUGACUGAGGACGUGUCCGACAGCGAGUCGUGGACAAGCGGGUCAGAAGGUGCUGAUGACGAUUCGGAUAUACCGUCGAGUCUCCCAUCGAAGCUAGCGGAUAUCCCGGUGGGAUAUUCGGCUUUCAGCGAACUAGAUCUGCCAACGAAGGGAGGGUCGAGACGACCGAAAGCGAAGAGGAAUACUAGCUUCAAGGGCGCUACUAACGUCCUGAAGAAGGCCUUCGUUGAGAGCAAGAAGAUAUUGUCAGAGAGGGCUGAACCACCUCCCAAACCGGUCGCAAACCAGCCAAGAAGCAUCGAGUCUUGGCUCAACAAGACGGUUGAUCCCUUUGUCGAAAACUCUACUACCGACGCACCGGAGCCCAAGGAGCAGUCCAUCGAGGAUGAUCGGGCUGAUGAGAGCAAUAUACGUGGAUCAUCAUCUGCGUCCAAGCGAAAAUCCACAGAUGAGCCACAGUCGGAGUCGACUUCCACCUCAAGAGAUGAGGACAGCACCAUUACCAAAGAUGACGAAACCGAGAUCUCUGACAAACACGAAGAACCUGAGAAACUCAAGGAAAGUGAGCCUUCAACACCGACCUCAGCUGGUCUGAAAAGGAGUCGUGCUGUUAGGACCACAUCGUCUCCUGUAAAGCCAACCACGAAGAAGGGGUUCAAAGAAAGGCUUAAAGAUGCUUUCCGGGGAGAAUCGAGCAUGACUUACUCUGGCGGUUUGGAUGAUAUCAGACACAACGAUGAAUACGAAGACGAGCGCCGUGAGCGGCGGCGCUCAUCGGGUUCGCCGCCAAACCCGCCAGCCCAAGAUGAUGAGUCGAUAACCUCGUCUGAACAAUCGAGGUCAAUGCCUGCAGCGACAUACCCUCGGCGGCGGCCGCCCCCUACGAAAGGUGUUCAUGAGUUAUCAACGAUCAUGUCUUUGGAGUCUUUCAGUGCAACAGAAUCGGAUCUCUCCUCAGUCCUUUCUGAUACUACGAUAACCCAAACGACUGCCCUUACGGGGAGCACUGGCUCGGGAUUGUCGCGUCAUAGGAGCAAUAAACCAGGCCUCAAACGACGAUUGACGAAGCAUUCCGAUUUGGUCUCUGUUCUAUCACUCCCAGACGAAAAGGCAAAGGUUGGCAGAAGCAGCAGUCUCAAAUCAGCCCGCAGCGUUCGCAGGACGUCAAAUCAUCUAGACACCGCAACGGUCGACGGCCUGCUGAAGGAGUUUGCUCAAGAUGAGGAUCUCUACCAGAGAGAACUGAAAACACUGGUUGAUGGAGUUAUCCCCGUGCUUCUCAACCAAUUCGUACACGGCAACGGGUCUGUUGUAUCCGAGGAUCUGUUCUCCUCCCCUUCGGCCAAGGGGAAAGAGGACAGCAUCGCCAAAGCUGUGGUUCAAAUGGGUAUUGCAUUGGAAAAGCUUCGGAAUGCCCACAAGCGCUGUCCCUUGAGGGAUGCACAUAGGUUGCCGCAAUGGCUCGAAUCUACGCACUCGAUCUACAACAACUACUUGGACGUGUGGCGACUUGGUUUCAACGACUUAAUUGUCAACCUCGCCCCGCUCAAUCUGGACGAGAAUGAUUCCCUCGUCAAUGCUUUGCCUCGGAACGAGGACGGCGACAUUGUCAAUGAGGAUGGAGAGCGUGUCGAUGUUGCCCAUCUGCUGAAACGGCCCCUUGUCCGAGUCAAAUGGAUCACCAGAUUUAUAAGGGGCUACCGCACAGUCUCCAGCACCGACCAAUACAGAGAUCUGGCAGCUAAUUGGGAGAAGCUUCAAGAGAAGGCGCGCCGAAGGCACAAAGAAGAGAGCGCGAGGGUUGUCGACGAGGAUGCCAUUAACACAGAUACUACUCGGGUCCGAGACUUGAAGACCCUGGAGCCACUCGACAAUGUCAGGAUAGACCGCUUCCGACAAGUAUAUGCGAAGGACCCGUUCUCCUUAGAUCUAAGACACAGCAAUGGCCAGCGCCUAGACUGCCAGGUCGAACUUGUUUCUCGAGACAACCAACUAUUCAAGUCAGACCCUGGCGACCUGCUGAUCCGCGAGACGGGUAGCAGUGGCCGCUCAUGGCUUCUGUUCCCACCUAUUUUAGGUGGCCAAUACUCGGCAAGAAAAGGCGAUGAAGAUGGACAACUCAUCGUCAUGAUUAGAGGCAAGCAUGAUGAGUGGUACCAGCUCCUGACACUGACUACCGACAACGACGAACAAGUGCAAGAUUGGAUAGAAAUUCUUGGCACGAGCCCAGAACCGCCCACUCUCUCCAAGCCAGACCCAACUGAACUCCAAUCGCUGGCCAUACAACCCAGACUAAACCGGGAGGAAGCGCCGCUCGGUGAGAGAAAACGAAGAUCUCCUUCAUCGGCCGUUCAAUCACCGAUUCGGGCAGACUCGAGUCCGGAGGUUCACACGAGGACCCCGAGUCGACACCACCACCAGCGGACAACCAGCGGGCCAGCAACGCCUACAUCGACUUCAGCCAUUGUAUCUCCAGAACGGACGCCUACUCAAGAUUCUUACGCGAGGCCCAAGUCAAGAUCGGGCUCGGAGACGUUGUCGCCUGCCAGAGACGAAGGCCGAUCGCGUCCUCUGCGGGAGCAUAUGCGACCUGAUCCACUCAGCUUCCAAGACUCGACCCAGGAAACUCAAGCUGAGGAAGACAACGGGCCACCUCCACCACCUGCCCACCGCACAUUGCCGUCUAAGAACUCCCCGAGUUUGUCGCCUCCUGCUGACCUAAGAGUCAAGCGACGCACAUCAUCUCCGCUAAAACAUGAAUACCGUCCUUCUGAUAUCUCCUCCGCAGAUUCUACCUCAAGCUCAGGUUCUGAUGAAGACGAUGACUCGGCAUCAGAUUCGUCUGAUGACGAAUUAGAGGCGGCUGAUAUCCCCGAUACCAUGCCAGCCAUUAGCAUCAAAAAGUCGGAUGAACAGGAGACCCCAACAGACUCUGUUAUCUCGGAUAGCACGGUCAGCCUCACCCCCUCUGCAUCGGCUUCUCAGGCAGGGGUGCCCAAAGUAAGGGGCCAGCAACCAGCCUACGCUUUCAAGUCGAUAGCUGCCAUCUCAUACUGGGACAACAAGCGAGGUUGCUGGAAAGACCUGUGGCCCGAUACGUGCUCUAUCGUCACUACACCCGGCUUGAUUGAGGCAUACCCAAUGCGUGGUGCGCAUGGAUCGCAUGGAGUAUCUCACGACGAAGACCGCCCUCUGAUCGCGCUUGAUCUGACACCAUUGGUAAUGCUCCGAAACAGCACCGUGCUGGAUCUUGAAAUAAGGUCUCCAGUCCUCAGCUACGCGCGGCUGUACUCUAAAGUGACAAAGAUCGAGACCUGCUUUUUCCGAUUCAGGGCACCGUCCUUCCUGGAAUGCGAGCAGCUUUAUAUGGCCGUACACCGAGCUCGCAUGGACAAUGCUAAGUUCAAGGCCCUCGAAGAAGAAGCACGGAUCCGCAACUUUGGCCAACACCAAGCCCCUGAACAAGAUGGUGACGCAUCCUCUCGUCGCCGUAGUUGGUUCGGCCGGAAGAACAGCUACCGUGCUUCUACCCGCGCGCCUUCACAAUCAGCUGGAAGCACGUCUCACGCCUCCAGUGUUUCUGCGUCGUCCUUCCUCAAGAAACUCAUGGGCGGUGGCAAUCAAACUUUCGAUAUCGCAAUGUCUUCAGUAGACAGGCAAUACCGCGGAGGCUCAGCCGAGGCCUCCCUAUAUACGAGCUCUUCUUCCUCUGGCACACCACCGCGUUCCCCGUCGGUCAGUGCGGCAAACAGUGGUAACACAGCCAAGAUGAGCUUGACGACGAACAAUCUGAAGAUUCGUCUACACUUAAUGGUGUCAGCAAGCAAGUGGGAGGAUCACGGUAACUGCUUGCUCGAAAUUACACGACCGCCCUCUGGUACCCGUCAGAAUUUACGCAAAUAUCAAGGCAUGGAAAAACGCGUUGUCGUGGCUCAAAAGCCGAAGAAGUCUGCCGAUGGAGACAAGAUGACCAUCAAACUAGACGUCGUGUUGGGGUCGCGGUGCUUCUCGAGGCUGGGAAGCAGGGGCAUUCUAUUGAACGUUUGGGAGGAAGUUCGCGACGAGAAUGGCGAGAUGGGUGUUGCUCCUCAAGGAGGUGCCAGUUCUGGAAACGUGAGCAAGUGGUGUUUCCAGUGUGCAAGUGUGAGCGAGGCAAGCUGGAUCUUCGGCCUGGUGACGCAAGAGGUGGUCAUCGGCUGA